AGCUAAAGAGAAAGCGGAAAAAAGAAAAGACCCCAAAUUGCAUUUCUCUCCCAAUUUAGAAACCAUCCCAAAACACUCUCUUAUCCUCCGUCUGGUUUCCUUCUGGAUUCAUCUCUCGAUCAUCAAUCAUCACCAUUCUUAUUCAAUGUCCGCUUAUCCACAUACCCUUAACCUGUGGGGAGUACUUUCCCAAUCAAAGCGCAUAAUCAAUGCUCACUCCCGCCAUUUCUUAGCCCUUUCUGUUUCCUUCCUCUUACCUCUCUCUUUCUCCCUCAUCGUUUACCCUACCCUCCAAACCGCCCUCUCUCAGUCCAAUUCCAUCAUCUUCCACCCGCAAGCUCACCUCUCCUCCUCCUUCUUAACCCUCCCUAACCCGUUUGAUCCGACCCGAAACCUAACCCGACCCGACCCCCAGCUCUUCCUCGUUCUCUUUGCUUACACCCUAUUCGCUGUUCUUCUGGCAAUCUUUGCUGUUGCUACGAUCACAUACAGCACGUUCCAUGGAUUUUACGGUAGACCCGUCAAGCUUGUUUCCUCUAUGCAGUCCGUUCUUUACUCCUUCUUGCCCUUAGUUGCUACCCUUAUCGUUUCGCGUGUAAUCCACGCUGUCAUCGUUCUAUUAUUCGCCCUAUUCGGGGCGAUCGUGGUCCACUGCGUGCAAUUUCUAGGGUUUGAAGUGAAUUAUGAGUCGAAUUACUUUACGGGUUUGGUUGUUUUAUUAGGGGUAGCGCUUGUAUUAGUUUUUAUAUGGUUGCAGGUUAACUGGUCAUUGGCUUAUGUGAUUGUAGUGGUGGAAUCGAAAUGGGGUUACGAACCGUUAAGGAGAAGCGCGUAUUUGGUGAAGGGGAUGAGACGGGUUGCGCUAUCAGUGUUGUUGUUUUUCGGGGUUCUGAUUGGAUUGUUAGUGGGUGGGUGUUCUAGUUUUUUGGUGACUGUAGGGGCUGCGAGCGGAGGGUGGACGAGCUUCGGGGUGAUACUGCAGAUGGUGGUGAGCUCAGGUUUUGCAACUCUGCUAAUGCUUCAGAGCCUUGCUGCGAGCGUGGUGUUGUAUAUGUAUUGCAAGGCAUUGCACGGGGAGUUACCGUUGGAUAUUGCGGAGGAGUUUGCUAGUGAGUAUGUCUACUUGCCCUUUGACAAUGAGAAGGUUCCUCAUGUUGUUUGUGUUGUUCAAGGUUGAAAUUGCCUAAGGUCAGUGGGUUUUUCAAGAUGCAGCAUUUACUUUAUAGUUUGUAGAAAUUUUGUUUUAAUUUUACGCAGGCAUGUAUGUGGUCUCAUAGUAGUUAGGAAAUCAUGUGAAGAUGUGUAAUCGAUAUGGAUUAUGCAUCUCUAUAUGUAAUAAGUUCCGUCGAAGCUGGAUAGUGAUUUAGAGCUUUCUUGUAGCUUCUCCAAUUUGUGUAUGUACUGUAAAAACUAUCAUUUCCUUAAUGAAAAGUUAAGUUAGUUUGAAUAGUA